CAUCUAAUCAAAUUCUCCCCCUUGCUCCUCCUUCCACACGCGCAGAUAUAUAAUAUAAACGAGCACAAAAUUUUGAUGUUACCGAUCAGUUAGAAAAAUAAACUUUUGGUGUAGGUCAGGCCAUUAGGCCAAGUUUGUGGAAUUUGGUGUGUGGUCUAGUCGCCUUCAACCCUUCAUUUUUUUGUUGAAGUUUUGUUUUCUGCAACGAAAGUUUAGCAAAAAUGUCUUCGGCUGCAAUUUCCUUCGUUUCAAGCCCAAACUCACUUAGCCUCACCCAUGUCUUCCCAACUAAAACAAACCCAAUAUUCAGUUGCAGGGUCCAUUCAUUCAAGACGCAGUCUCUUCGCAGUUUCUUCUCCAGAAUCCCAAUUGGGUGCUUUAAGCAGUCUUCCUUUUUCACUUCCUCCAACCCCUUUUCUCCCGUCAUGAAAUGGCAGGAUUGCUCGGUAAAAAUGGAGAUCGAUGUCCCCGCCUCUGUGGCUUACAAUUUGUACUCUGAUCGUGAAGCAAUUCCCAAUUGGAUGCCGUUCGUCUCUUCCGUCAAGGUAUUAGAAGACAAGCCUGAAUUGUCACGGUGGUUCGUUAAAUAUGAAGCAUUUGGUCGUAGUAUUGAAUACUCUUGGCUUGCUAAAAAUCUGCAGCCCAUCCCUAAUCAGAAAAUUCACUGGACAUCUUUGGAAGGUCUCGGUAACAGGGGUUCUGUUCGAUUUUAUCCGAAAGGUCCCUCAUCCUGUUUAAUAGACCUGAGUAUUUCAUAUGAAGUUCCUCAACUCCUGAUUCCGGUCGCAUCGCUGCUUCAACCUUUCAUGGAAAAUUUACUCAAACAAGGAAUGGAUCGGUUUGCAAAAUUUGCUAAAAGCUCAAGCUCAACCAGAUAAUCAUCACAUUGGUUGGGUUAGUCAUACGACCUUGUGUUGAUAGUUGUUCUGAUUUCAAAAUUCACCCAUAUGCAAUCCCAAUAUCCAUUGCGUAAGACAAUGAAAGGGUCUUUUCUUGUA